CCUUUGGGGAAAGGCAAACGGCUGUGGGGAGCACUCAGGACCUGACUUCAGUGAACCAUGGGGCUCAGUGACCAGGAAUGGCAGCAGGUGCUGGCCAUCUGGGGAAAGGUGGAGUCAGACAUCGCUGGCCACGGGCAUGAGAUCUUAAUGAGACUCUUCAAGGACCACCCUGAGACCUUGGAUCGCUUUGAAAAGUUCAAAGGCCUGAAGACCCCUGAUCAGAUGAAGGGCUCGGAAGAUCUGAAGAAACAUGGAGCUACUGUCCUUACCCAACUGGGCAAAAUCCUGAAGCAGAAGGGUAAUCAUGAGGCAGAGUUGAAGCCCCUGGCUCAAACCCAUGCGACCAAGCACAAAAUCCCUGUCAAAUACCUGGAGUUCAUUUCUGAAGUCAUUAUCAAGGUCCUUGCUGAAAAACAUGCUGCAGACUUUGGGGCUGAUUCCCAGGCUGCAAUGAAAAAGGCCCUAGAGCUGUUCCGGAACGAUAUGGCCGCCAAGUACAAGGAGUUCGGUUUCCAGGGUUAACACAUACGCACAGAGGAACACCACGACGGAGGCAUGUCCAUGCAUCUUAGAGUAGCUUCCCCAGCACUGUUUCGGACAUCUCACAAUUGGCCAUCCAAGAUCUGUGGGAAAGCUUUGAUGAGAGGCCAAAAGUCACUCCAGACAGUGUAGAGGCACUCAGAAUGAUAUCCAUCAUAAACCAUUGUUUUCUAGCUUCAUGUAUACAAGAGAAAUAAUCUGCUUCCUUAGGA